GAAAAAAAUAAACACAACAAAAAGAAAUAAAGGAUGUGAAAUCGCAGCAUUAUUUCGUCAUUGUAGUUCGUAGCAAUGAAUGGUGCUGUAAGAACCGCCGUCAAGUUUUCCGGCGACCACAAAACAUCGCCGUCGAGCUUAGAUCUUAACGGCGGCAUCGGAGUAACACCUCCUUACAAUUCAUCCCAUGUCUUGGCCACCAGAUCAUCCAGACAAGUUCUCUCUUACUGGACUUGCUCUAAGCUUUGUGCAAUUUUCUUUGUUGGUGGAGUUGUUUUUGGUUACACUCUCAGAGGACGUGUUAAGCGUUGGGCUUCCAAAAUUCUCAAGAAGCUUAGCUGAAACAAACUUUUGAUUUCACUUUUUUGUGGUGAUUACAGUUACUGAUUUUGUUAGGGUUUUGUUUUGUAGAAAUCCUAGCUUGAGAAAAAAAUUCAAUUUUGCUCAAUUCUUAGAGAUACUUACUGAUUAUGAUUGUUCCUUGAUACAGAAUUUGUUAUGGUUUUGAAUUUCACACUUAACUAGUUUCGUUCUUCGUGA